GACCUCGUCCAAGAAAACUGAAGACUUUAAAGAAAGUUCCGGAAGAAAAGAAGUCGAGAACCGCCUUUACUUUGGAUCAACGCGCACGUUUAAAGAAAGAAUUCCAAGAGAACCGAUAUUUGACUGAAAAACGACGUCAAGAUUUAGCAAAGGAACUCCAGCUAAACGAAUCUCAGAUUAAAAUAUGGUUCCAGAACAAGCGGGCUAAAACAAAAAAGGCCGCUGGUCAGAAAAAUCCCUUGGCCCUACAGUUGAUGGCUGAGGGACUCUAUAACCACAGCACCUUACUUGAUCUUAAAGCUGAUGACCUAGGAACUUUAUAA